AGUCUGUUUGUGGAAUAGCUAGACGACACACGUGGACUAUCUCGCGACGAUACCCAGACCUGAUUAAUUCAAGAUGGCCGACUCAGAGCUCACUAAGUUCCAGAAAGCCAAAAUCCUGCGAGUGUUUAACAUAUUAUACGACAGCAACAAAGACGGGUACAUAGAGGAGAAAGAUUUCACGCUGGCAAUCGAGAAGGUAUGUCUUAUCCUGGAAUGGCCGGAAAAUAGUGAAAAACAUCGGGAGACUGAGGAAGCGCUGGGACUUAUCUGGACGGGACUGAAAACCUACGCGGACGUCAAUGCUGAUGGUCGCGUGUCUAAGGACGAGUGGAUCUGUAUGUGGGAAGACUGUAUCCGCAGUAACACCGUCCCCGAGUGGCAGGAGAAGUUCAUGGAAUUCAUGUUUAAUGUCAACGACAAGUCAGGUGACAAGGAGAUUGACGCGAAGGAGUAUGAGACGUAUUAUAGUAACUAUAUCUCGGUGGAGGAAUGUAGGAUGGCCUUCCAUAAGAUGUCUGGCGGUGAGAACAUAUCACGAUCUGAGUUUCGCAAGCUCUGGAAGGAGUACUUCUUCUCAGACGAUCGCGAAGCGAAAGGCAACUACCUGUUUGGUGUCCCCGAUUUCCUGGCCGAAUGAGAUGUCACGUGAUCAGUUGAUGUUCCUAUUCAUAGCCUAGGAUCUCGUGAAAAGCACGCGACCUGGCUGUUGACGAACAUGGAGCGAUUGAUUUUCUGUCUAAGUGAAUGUAAAGAUUGAAAGCUCUAGUGUAGCCACAUGGCCGGAUGUUCAACGAAAAUUUGUCCACUUUACGCAUGCGCAUGUGUCUUUAUUUAACGUCACUGAUCAGAUGGAGAGUAAAUUUCGUUUUUUUCAAAAAUCUGACUUGUCGAAGAGAACAAGAACAUAAUUAAAAUUAAGUACAUAUUUCUAACCAGGACAUAAAGAACAUUCGUAUUUGUAGCAUGGCAACAAAACUCCUUUCUCUGUACAUGUGUUACUAAACAACUCAUCACAAACAUUUUUAGAUUUCGGUCUUUUUUUGCUUUUGUAGGUGGAUUUAGCGAUGUAAUCUUUCGGCUGCAAUUAAUUCUAAAACCAACCAGAGAAAUAAAACAAACAUAACCCAUAAAAUCCCAAUAAGCCAGUAUUUUUUUCGAACAAUUGCACUUGAACGAGUUAUGUUGGUGUACGUGAGUCAUGAAUGCACGUGACUUGGUGUGCACGUGACUUAGUGUGCACGUGACUUCUGUCAAUAAAUCUGUAAUUUAAUGCUUUGCCAUAUUUGCGCUACUAUAUUUAUGCAAUCAAGGGCCAGACAUUACACAAUUGAAUAAGUAUUUAUAUUUCUUGCAUUCUAUCCGUACUUUUAUCCCGAUAACAGGCCGUCCCGUGCGUACAGCACAGUCUUUAAACAGCGUACAUCCAGGAUAAAAGUUACGGAUAAAUGCUUAUUAAUUCAAAAUCAUUCAACCUUGUGAUAAAUAACGCUUCAACAUUUUAGGGUAAGAUCUUAACGAUCUUGUUAUUGGAACAAAUUCGCUAUGGAUACAUUUCAUUCAAUUUUGUUAACUGUCCAUGGUCCAAACUAUGUGUCUGUCAGAGGCGACACCAAUGCAUGGGGUUAAGAUUUCGCGUAUUUUUGCAAGCCUUGAAUAAAGAAGUAUUGUUUAUCGGCUAGCUUUGACAAUAAAACAAAUAAAAUUUCAAUAGUCCUUAAAAAAUUGCAUCACUACCGCCCAAUAAGGUAUCAUAUUUUUGUUUAUGAAAGUUCUGACCAAAGGGUGAUAACAAUUACAGUUUACUGCAAAACGGUAAUAGAAGUAGUGUCACAUAUUUAUAAGUGAUGACGUACAAACCCGUCAAAAGGUAGUAGGUAAAUAUCACCGAGUCACGUGUGAAAAUCACCGAGUCACGUGUGAAAAUCACCGAGUCACUAGCAAUCAAUGGUAAUCAAAUAAAUAUAUAUGUAAUAUUAUAUAAAAUCAUGUAUACGACUGUUCAUAUCAUCCAGAUCACGGGUUACCCACGUGAUAGCAACAGUACAUGCACGUGCACAUGUAUAUGUAUAUACCACGUGUGGGUUAGAAACAUUGACAGCAUCAAGAUUUAAUCGUAUCUAGUGGGUGUUUUGGUAUAAUUAUUUACUGUAGUCCUAUUCUUACACGGUGGUAGUGCACAUUACCUGGUCAUGUUACCUGUGUACGGAUUGUUGAUUGGUUUAUAACCUUCUAAUUGUAGAUGUGGAGUCACACAAGUAAAAUUGCAAAAUCAGAACCAUCUCUCGUGGUUUUUUUGUUAGACUCCUGAUUGGUCCAAUCCAUGUUGUUCGUGUGGUAUGGCUAACCAUCUGAUUGGUCUAUUUUCCAGUGGUUAUGUGAUAGGGCUGGUCAUCUCUUUGGUCCAUUCGAUCUUGCCUGUACAGAUUAGGUGUUAUUUACAUUACAGAUUGGUUUUCACAUAUGUCAUUAUUUCAGUUCAUGCAGCCAUGCGCAAACAACAAUACAUGUAACAUAAUUGUGAUCACUUGUUAAAAUCCUUUUCGCUUAAGAGAAUGACUCUACCAGUUAAAAUUCAAUCUUUUUGGUGUAUAACCAUCCGAGGUGUUCCGGGUAAAUGAUAACCCGAGGUGUUCUUAAGGCAUUUUUGUUAAAUGACCGUCCAACGAAUUUCGAAGAGCUACAAGUGUGAAUAUUCGAGAAGUCUGAACGGAGUUUACCAUUUAAGGAGUUUUAGUGAAGAUUGCUUACAGUGCGAGAGGUUCCGAAGGAAGUUAUAUUAACGAGUGACACGGACGAAGGUUAGUGGGAGACAUUUUAGCUAGAUUGUUUCUACAUUUUUCCUAUCUAUUAUCUUUAUACGUGGUUGAUGUGUGUUCUGUGCCUGAUCAUUGGUGUUGUAAGGUAUAUGUAGAUAUGUUGUACCACUUACACCUGCACGUUGGCACACUUCUACUUCCUGUUUAAACACCGGUAUUUAUCCCUAUAUCUACACUUACCUGAAUAAACAUGUAUCCAUACACACAUGACUCUUAUAUAAAAACAUUCUGUAAUACACAAUCCUGUAUUUACACAAUCCUGUAAUACACAAUCCUGUAUUUACACAAUCCUGUAUUUACACAAUCCUGUACAAAUUUACGCAAUCCGGUAUUCAUGAAACAAAUACAUAUUUCUGUUUUUGUACAGUCCUGAAUUUACACAAUCUGGUAUUGACAAACAAAAAACAAAACAAACCUGAGUUAAUUGAAUACUGUAUUUUACACUUUCCUAAAUUUACACGAUUCGUGGAUUUACACAUUUCAUGUGUUAUUCAGAAAUUUAAACAUUGCAGUAUUACAUAGGAAUUUACUCAGGAAUUUACACAUUCCUAUAUUUACACAUACCUAACAUUCCUAUAUUUAAACAUUUCUAACAUUCCUAUAUUUACACAUUCCUGUAUUUACACAUUCCUAUAUUUACACAUUCCUAUUUUUACACAUACCUAACAUUCCUAUAUUUACACAUUCCUAACAUUCCUAUAUUUACACAUUCCUGUAUUUACACAUUCCUAUAUUUACACAUUCCUAUUUUUACACAUUCAUAUAUUAACACAAUCCUUUAUUUACACAAUCCUGUAUUUACACAUUCCUGUAUUAACACAUUCCUGUUUUUACACGUUUCCGGUAUUAAUCCUGUCUUUUAUUACACGUUUCAUCUUUACACAGAAAUUUACACAUUCCUGUAUUAAAUAUUUCUGUUUUUACAAAAUCCCAUAUUUACAAAAUUUUCCAAGCAUUGUGUAAAGAAAUAUCAGCGUUUACAUACGAUGGUGUUAACACACUGUCGUAUUAAUGUACACAGACACAUAUAUACAACGUCAUUGAUGACGUAACCAUAUACAUGACAUAGAUCUAGAUGACAUAAUCAUUUUCGAACCCAAUGUACAUAAACAUACUUUGUUCUGAGAAAGUCGAUUUUCCAAAGUAGACGUCGGAACACCUAAUUAAUGACGUCAGUCUAUAAACCUGUCAACCAUCAUAUUGUAGAGUCAAUAUAUCUAUACGUGGAUGAUUAUCAAUUUAAAACUGAAACGUCAAAACGAUUUAAGACAGCUUAAAGCAUAGUAGGCAGCAAACGAUAUUUAGUAUCAUAUUACUUUUUUUCGUAUUGCAGAGUUAUCUGCUCUUGUGAGCAGGUAUUGAUUGCUACGGCAUUAAUUUGGUUGAGAAAAAUUACGUCGUUUUCUCAAAGAUUUAUGACGUUAUUCUCACAAACAAAUGACGUAACAAUCAAUACCUGCUCACAAGAGAAGAUAACUCUGCAAUACGAAAAGACGGAAUAUGGAAACAAAGAGGACAACUAACUGGUAAUGUAUUCAUGGAUAAAAUAGUUUGGUAUCAAACUCGACUUUUUAUUUAAAUAAAUCUGACUAAACGCCACAAGUACAGUGUCUUAACUAAUCCCACAGCUCAGUCAGCGAACGUCCAUAAAGGGCCUUAGCUGUUAAUAGGACGUUAAACAAAAUAAAACCAAACCAAAUCAGUCAGCGAGCUAUAUUCUAUAGUGUUUACAUCAAUCUUAUAUAUGGAGAUUAACCACAGAAUUAAAAAAAUCUAAAUACAUAACUGUUCUUCGUAACUACUUUUCGAAAGACCAUUUAGGUAGACACCUAUUUCAUACGAAAAUUAUAUAUUUACAUAGAGAUUAUACACGUAAAGAGAUAUUGACACUCAGUCGUCAGAUAGCACCUUCAUUGAAACAAAGUGGCAAUAGUAUUCAUGUUUAUUAAAUAAACAGAAACGCGCCUGCGCGACAAUUGCCAGUGAUAUCCGACGCUGUACUUAUGACGUCACUAUCACCACACGGGAAGCCAACUCACAUUGCAUUUAUAACACCAUGAAUGCACAAUGACUUUGCAAGCAUCGUACACUAUCUUUUGUAUCCCAAUAUGUGUUCCACCUGUGUAUUGUGUGUUUAACCACUGGACACUGGUCAGUGAUGUUUGGCUUCUGAUCAGGAAGGAAUUAGGGACUGAAGUGAGUUUUCACGUGUGUGUUUAUAACGGCCAUAGAUUUCACGUAACUCGUCACUGGGUGAAUUGUCACGUGACUUUUACAGGUAGGUUAAUUUGGCACACGUGGUAAGUUUGGCCAAACAUGCUGUUUGGUAGUUUGGGAGACAUGUCGCUUAAGCGGUCAUUGCACACAUUUCGGUGACAGUUAAAGAGAUUUAUUGGUUUUGUGGGGGUUUUAAAACAUAACGUUUGAUGGUUAAAUGAAAAAGAUGAUUUCAUGGUUUUUUAAAGACAACGGUUUUGUGGUUUUUCAGCACAUAUUAAUUUUGUAGUUAAAGACGACACAUUGGUUUGAUGAUUUAAGAAGGCACAUUUAUGGGUGUUAUUUUUGUCACAUAGAUUUGUGGUUUAGAAGAAGGCUUUGUUAUGUGGUUGAAGCAGAUCUAUAGAUGGCUAGGUUCGCAAUCUAUGUUGUGUAUCAUUGUACUGUAGGUGUUUACUCUUUUUACCUUUAUACCCUAUUAAAUACCUACU